AUGCAGGACGCUGACGGCGACGAGGACGUCGGCUGGUCCGUCGUCGGAGCCUCGGUGCUCGGCGCGGCCGUCGGCGGGACGACGGGCAUCUUCGACGGUGAUCCGGGAGUAACAGUGGGACACGGAGUUGGCUUGGGCGUCGGGCUCGGCGUCGUCGGCUUGGGCGUCGGAGACGUCGUCGGCGUCGGCGUCGGCGCGGGCGUCGCGACCGGAGUUGGCGUAGGCGGGACCGUGGGGAGCGGGGACGGCGGCGUCGUCGGCACCGGCUCGGGAACAGUCGAAGGCGCCGGCGACGGACGCGCCGUCGAUGGCGACGCGGUGGAGGGCGUCGGCGUCGGCGGCACAGUCGGAAUCGGCGACGGAGGCGUCGUCGGAACCCCCGUCGGGGCUGCCGUGGGAGUGCCCGUGGGAUACGGCGUGAACGUCGGGGUGGACGUCGGUGCCGGGGACGGCCGCGUUGUUGGCUCCGACGUCGGCAUCGACGUGGGAAUCGUCGAGGGCGACGGCGACGGUGACGGGCCACCCGAAGGAGCAAACGAUGGUUCGGGACUCGGGUUCAGCGUCGGGAGCAACGACGGCUCGGGCACCGGCACUUCUGUGGGCUCCGAGGACGGAGCGGAGCUCGUCGGAUACGACGUCGUCGGCACGGCCGUUGUGGGCAGCGCCGAUGGACGAGCCGACGGAGCGGGCGCGGGAAGGGAUGAAGGCGCGGCGCUGGGAAUGCUCGUGCUCGGCAGUGGCGAAGGAGCGGACGACGGCUGCGAGGAUGGCGGUGCACUUGGCUCGCUCGUGGGCACCGACGUGGGCACGUAG